AUGCAAAGAUUCAUUUUGAAGCCUUAAUUCUUCUACUCUUUAGUUUAUUAAAAGGCAAAGCCAACAACCGUAAUUGGUGAUAAAUUACCAAUUUAUGUUACUCCUGCACCAUAUGGAUUAGUUGUAAUAUAAGAAUGGUGGGGUCUAAACUCAUCUAUUUGUAAAACAGCUGAUAUUAUGAGUACUUAUGGAUUCAAAUGUGUUGUACCUGAUCUAUACAGAGGAAAAAUAGCUAAGGAUACUGAAGAGGCAGGACAUCUUCUUUCUGGAUUAGAUUGGAAAUAAGCAUUAAUUGAUAUAGAAGAGUCAGCACGUUUUUUAAAAGAAGAUUUACAUUGUAAAAAAAUAGGAAUUCUCGGAUUUUGUAUGGGAGGUGCACUUAGUAUAGCAUCUAUUACUACCUCUAAAAUUAUAUCUGCAGCUGCUCCAUUUUAUGGUGUUUGUGAUUUGAAUACAUUUAAACUAUCUAAUGCUAAUGGACCUAUUUUAGCUUAAUUUGGAUAAAAUGAUGAUAUGGUAGGAUUCUCUUCAGUCUAGGAUGCUAAAAGAUUAGAAUCCACUGCUUUAUAAUAAGGUAAUAAGAAUUUGUAAGUGAAAAUAUGGCCAGGAGUUGGACAUGCUUUUUGCAAUCAAGAUAGACCAGAAGUUUAUAAUCAAGCUAUUGCUAAAUAAGCUCUAGAUCUAGCAGCAAAAUUCUUACAUGAAAAUUUAAAAUGAUUUCUAAAAUUAUUAUCAAUAGUUCAAUCAGAG